UGAUAUCUCCUGCAGCAAUGGCGUUCCUCCAGCUUCUUUCUUUGGUUGCUCUUAUUGGCGCUGUUUAUGGAUGUGGCGUCCAACAAAUCCGCCCUGUGAUCAAUGGCUACUCCAGGAUUGUGAAUGGUGAGGAGGCUGUGCCGGGAUCCUGGCCCUGGCAGGUGUCUCUGCAGCAAACCUCCGGGUUUCAUUUCUGCGGGGGCUCCCUGAUCUCGGCUCAAUGGGUCGUCACUGCGGCUCACUGCAGCGUCAGCACCGGACACCUUGUCGUUGUUGGAGAACAUGAUAGACGCAGCGAUAGUGAAGCAAUCCAAAUUAUGAAAGUUGCCAAGGUUAUCACCCACCCAGAAUGGAACCCCUACACCAUCAACAAUGAUAUUUCCCUGGUGAAGCUCACAGCCCCGGUCACGUUCAACGCCCGCGUCGCCCCUGUCUGCCUGCCUUCCGCCAGUGAUGACUUCCCAGGGGGCUCCUUGUGCGUCACCACCGGGUGGGGUCUGACCCGCUACAAUGCCUUAUUCACCCCCAACAAACUCCAGCAGACCGCUCUUCCUCUGCUGACCAACGCAGAGUGCUCGUCUUACUGGGGCGACAAUAUCUCCGACGUCAUGAUCUGCGCUGGAGCCGCUGGCGCCACCUCCUGCAUGGGCGACUCCGGCGGUCCGCUGGUAUGUGAGAAGGACAAUGCCUGGACACUGGUGGGCAUCGUGUCCUGGGGGAGUUCCAAAUGCUCUACCACUAUUCCCGCUGUCUACGGGCGCGUCACUGCCUUCAGCAGCUGGGUCGACCAGAUCAUCGCCUCCAACUAAACACAAGG